AUAACGACUGGGCUCAUCUCUGAUCUUUCCAUUGUACCUCUUUCACGGGAGCUGCUCUUUUGUCGUAUAUUGGCCACUGAGAGACCUCAUCAGCAGGAUGCCUGAGCAUGUACAAGAGAGGAAAUCAAAGAUAUCAGCCUCAAGGAAGCUCAUGCUGAAGAGCUUGAUGGUGACAAAGGCAAAGGAGGAACUGGAGCAAGAGAUUCUUGUCAAAGAGGAAGAAAAACAGAAGUAUCUUGCAGAGAAAGCUCCUCCUCUGAACAUCGGUGGUCUAAGUUUUGCUCAGCUGCAGGAUCUCUGUAGAGAACUCCACGCAAAGAUCGAUGUGGUUGAUGAGGAACGAUAUGACAUUGAAGCCAAAGUUAUGCUUAACACGCGUGAGAUUAAAGACCUAAACAUCAAGGUUCUGGACCUCAGGGGGAAAUUCAAGAGGCCUAAUCUUAGACGCGUUCGUGUGUCUGCUGACGCCAUUCUUCGCUCGCUGCUGGGCUCCAAGCACAAAGUCUCCAUGGACCUCCGAGCUAAUCUCAAGUCUGUCAAGAAAGAAGACACUGAGAAGAAGAGGCCAGUGGAGGACAGCGACUGGAGGAAGAAUGUGGAGGCCAUGUCCGGGAUGGAGGGAAGGAAGAAGAUGUUUGAUGCUGCUAAAGGUUCUGCUCAGUGAAGACAGAAAAAUGCCCAUCGUCUAAGAUGUUGUUGUUGAUCUGCCGCUGUUCUUUGCAGCCUAUGUGGUUCCUUUUCAUACUUGAACUUUGGAUAUGAUCCUGUCUUGAUUCUGAGAAUAUUUCCUCACGUGUGAGAUUUUCCACCCUUUGCUUUGUAUGUAAAUCAAUGUUUCUGCUCGAAGUAGACUUAUUUGUCUGGUUUGUUUAGCUGGUGUUUUUUUCCAAACUACUCAAUCAACCUCAUGGUAGUAAUUCACACUUUUUUUCUCUAAAGGAAACUUUUCAACUAAUAUUUUUAAAAUCAAAAUUAAAAUUUUGCUUUAAAAUAUACAGCAUACUUAUUCGAAGCAAAUUAAACUGCAUGUUUGAUGUUGUUGCCUAAUACCUAUAUCUAUGUGCUGUGUGUUUGUGAACUGUAACACCAUACUUUAAAGGAAUAAAACAAUUACCCAAA